AUUGGUUCGUUGCUAAGUUAAUUGGCAAAAGCAGCCGGCUGUUAACUAUUUAGACGGCAGGAUGGAGGGUGCCUGGCGGUAUGCUCAUAACACAUGGAGGAUGGACUCGGGCCGUAGUGGAAGUAUCUGUAGGCAUUUCGUAAAUGGCUCUUGCAGAUUUGGUCCGAGGUGUAAUUAUCGACAUGAAUGGCCAGUUAUACCGUUAACCCAAAUAUGUAGGUACUUCCAGAAAGGUGGAUGCUGGUAUGGCGACCGCUGCAGGUAUCUCCACGUCCUUCAACCUGACGUUGGUGCAGCUGUUGCAGGUAGAAGAGGCUCAGUGCCCGCCGUCUCCUCCUCCAGUGUGGCCCACGCUCCACCUGACAGAAGAGGCUCGGAGCCCGCUCUUCUGCAGGCUGAGGUGGUGUCCGGGCAGGAAUGCAGCAGAUCAGAGACGGUGGUUGAUAUCUCAAAUCCGCAACACAACAUUGGGCACCUGGCAUCGGAUAUCGCCGAGGAACAAUCACAAGAUACUGACUCUCUUCGAACUACUUCUUGCGAAUCAGUCCAGAGCUCAGACGGUGCUCAAGCAGGUGCAUGUGAUGGAAGAAAUGAGAAGCAGACCUCUUCAGCUGAAACAACAGAGGACGGGGCGGCGGCUGCAGCCUUUUGUACCCAGGGGAAAGUAAAGGAAAUGGUGACCUUCCUCCAGAGUAAAAACGUGACCUGUGGCAUCUGCAUGGACAAGGUGUAUGAAAAGACAGAUCCAAGACACCAUGUUUUUGGAAUCUUGCCAAACUGUAAUCACUCAUUCUGUUUACAAUGCAUCAUGACCUGGAGGAAAACAAAAGACCUCGGGCCGGAUGUGGUAAAGAGCUGCCCACAGUGCCGAGUGAGGUCUGCCUUUUAUGUGCCAAACAAAUACUGGGUUGAAGGACAAGCAAAGGAAAGUAUAAUUGCUGCCUUCAAAGAGAAAUUCAGUAAGAAAAGUUGCAGUUACUAUGCACGAUACAGAUGCUGCCCCUUCAAAACGGAGUGCCUUUAUCGACAUGAUAAACCUACACGUCACAGUUCAUUUCCGUAUUCUACAGAAGAUGAAGACGACUACGAUGGUGUAGAUCUGCUUAAUUUUUUCAUAGCCAUGACCCUUCUCGGUGGUGACGAUGAUGACGAAGACUUUGACUUUCCUUUUUACCUAACUGAGGAGUAUGGUUUCUGAGCCUUUUUCAUUCUUUUUGUCAGUGCCUGAAACCACUGAAUGGGGCUUCAACUUUAUGUAAUCAUUGGCCCCAGGAGAACACAUAGCUGUGUUUUGAGCAGCCGUGAUCAGGGACAUCAACCAUGCACUAUGGAGUGCCAAGUGUGGUCAUGUUUUUAAUUAGACUACAGCAGGUAAUUCGACCAGAGAAGAACUAGUCUUGGAAAUUAUGUUCUACAGUCUGGUAAGACUGUGUACACUUGGCUCUCAACAGCACAUGAUUUGUUGCCCCUGCCCUAGAUAUAAGUACCCCAGAUAGAAAUUCAAGAUUUGGUCUAUCUCUAAUGAGUUUGUGUUUAAUCUGUGUCCUUGUAAUUGAGUGUUGACCCUCCUAUAGCCAUAGUGCUUCAAACAUGUUGCAGAUUGCUAAAUACCCCUUUAACCUCUUCACUGAUUUGAGUGCUCAUAUCUGACUUCUCUCCUAGCAGCUUGCAUCAUUUUGAUAUUUUAAAGUGUUGUGUGGAUGGUAGUUUUAAUUGUCUAAAGAUAAAAAGUGUACUGUACCUGUUCUUCCUCAUGUCCACUACUGAUGAUACUUGCAUCAAGAGGUAGUAAUGACACCCUUUUCCUGGUUUUGGCAAGAACACAAAAUGUUAAGAUUUUAUUUCUUUUAAACAAGUUGUACUUGUACACAGAAAAUAAAACAUUGCUUCACACGUUGUCUCACUGAAAA